AUGAACGGACAGUUUAGCCUUCUCGGCCGGGAACGUUCGCCGCCGCAACAACAGCAGCCCGAUCAAUUCAUCAUGGGCAUUGGAAGUAAUACGGUGGGCGGAAGCUCCGUUGGCAGCACUUUGGUCAGCGGGAGCUUUUUGGGGUUUAUUCAUCGCUUUCAAACCCUGCAGAUAGCCAGGGAUAGCUCUGAAAGUCUGAUCAAGGAUCUAUUGGUUUAUGCAAAGGAAGUCGAAGAUAAGCUUCGUACCGAGAAUAAACGCCUGCAAAACGAAGUUGACGAGACCAAGUUGGACCUCAACGAAGCCCGCGCGGCCCAACGAGAACUCCAGAUACAAUUACAGGAUGCCGAGGGCCGGGCGGCCUACUAUUCACAGGGAGCAGAGCUUUACAGGAAACAAAAUCAAUACGUUAUUGCACUGAUAGAUGGGGACGGCCUCGUCUUUAAGCCCGAGUUCCUACGACAAGGUAUUGAGGGUGGCAGGAGGGCCGCGACCACAUUCCGCAUGCUCGUCCUCGAGCAGUGCGGAGACCAUGCCAACGAAAUUCAAGUCAUGGUCAAGAUAGUUGCCAACCUCGCAUCUCUUGCUAAGGCAUUGAAGGCGGAGGGUUCCAUACAAAACGAGAAUGAUCUCCGGGACUUCUUUAUCGGAUUUUCCCAAUACAUCUCCUCUUUUGAUUUUGUCGACAUUGGCACUGGGGCGUCCAACCAUAGCUCCAAGAUCAAAGGCAAACACGUCUUGCUCGGUGUUUCGCAUGAUCCAAGCUAUGCCCAAUUCUUUGAUGAUGUUUUGGACGAUAAUACCAAAGAUUUGGUUACAGUCAUAGAAGGAGUACCCAUGACUAGGGAACUGUCAAAGACCAUGGUCAACAAAAUCAACUAUACCAACAGCCUUUUUCGAUCUGACAAAAUCGGCAAAGUGGCCACGUCCGGCCCGCCAUCGGGCAUUGCCACAGUUGGUUCAACUGAGAAUGCACCGGCGGCAAUAUCGUACGCGGGCGUUACUUCCGCCCCGCCCGUGAGCCCUCCCCCUACUCUCAAGCUGCCUUUGGCACCAAAGCAGACAAACGUUCCCAAAACGGCCAAGCAGCCGCCUUGGAACCCGGGUGCCCGUGGCCUCGACUCGCCACUGAAGGUGAACCAAUCUGUUCUGGAUAAUAUCAAGAAGAGAACUGGCAGCAGCAAGCUUUGCAACAAUCAUUAUCUUCGUGGGCCAUGCGCCAAGAAGGAUACGUGCGGGUUUGAACAUAAUUACAAGCCCAACGCAGAGGAGAAGGUUGCCAUCUCCUUCCUUGCCCGGUUAAACCCUUGUACCAAUGGGCAGGAUUGCGAUAUUGCCGACUGCAUCUACGGUCACCAUUGCCCAAGCACUGUUAAUGGUCAGUGUACGCAUCCGUACUGCAAGUUUCGUCCGGACGAGCAUCCCGCCGGCACCAAAUACAAGUCAACUUACAGGAAUGGCGAGACUUAUAAUUAG